ACCUCUGCGAGGCUCGCCGGACUUUGGGGCAAAGGCUGGGAGGCGCCCUGCUCUGCUCUGGACGGCGCGCGAAGAAGGCUGCAGGUUUAGCAGCGUUCUUUUCUUGGAAGGAGCCGCGCUUAUCUCGCGUCCCGGACGCGGAGGCGGCGGGUGGGGUGGGGAACGGGAUAAAGUGUAACUGCAAGCAAGGUCGAGUAGCUCCGGCAUUGGGGCGUUCAUAUAGGUGGGGUUUCACUGGAAACAGAAAUAUCAAGCCUACCCUAGAUAACUGCAUUUUUGCUCCCCCCCUUUUUUUUUUUUAGUUUUCUUUUGCUUCCAAACCAAACCCGGAAUCUUAGGUUUAAUCCUAGCCUGCCACCGGAAGAUUAGGCUUGAAAUAGCGGGGGAACCGAGUUUACUUAGCUUGUUGGUCUGUCGAGGGGAAGUCCCGGUGGCUUGAAGCUGAGGAAAGAGUUUGGAAGAAGAUGGUAAGAUUCCACAGAUUAACUAAAGCUUUGAGAAGAGUGCACCUUUGAUGAAGGAAUAAAUUGCUGGACAUCAGCCGUGAUGAGGCUACUCCGAAGGCAUUAUGGCCCACUAAAGCUAGCUUUGGUGGGUGUUGUCUUUGUAAUCUUCCUCUUCAUAAUGCAAAGAGAUGUGGGCAGUGGGGAACAAAAGGAGGAGCCAUGGCUAAAAAAUAUUGUGGAGAGGAAAGACCAGAUGAUAGACAUAAUGAUGGGAGCUGUCAACAAUAUCCGUGACUCUAUGCCAAAGCUGCAGAUCCGGGCACCUGCUCAACAAGAGGCACUUGAGCAGGACAGCAAGUCUUGCUUGCCAGGCUAUUAUACACCAGCAGAACUGAAGCCCUUCAUGGAGCGUCCACCACAGGACCCCAAUAGCCCUGGUGCUGAUGGAAAAGCUUUCAAGAAGGACCAGUGGACACAAGAAGAGACAAAGGAGAAAGAACGUGGAUAUGAGAAGCACUGUUUUAAUGCCUAUGCCAGUGACCGCAUUUCUCUUCAGAGGGCGUUGGGACCUGACAGUAGGCCUCCAGAGUGCAUCGAUCAAAAGUUCAAACGCUGCCCACCUCUUCCAACCACCAGUGUCAUUAUCGUCUUUCAUAACGAAGCUUGGUCCACUUUGCUUCGCACCGUCUAUAGUGUGCUGUACUCUUCUCCAGCUAUAUUGUUAAAGGAAAUCAUUCUUGUGGACGAUGCCAGUACAGAUGACUACUUGAAAGACGAGUUGGACAACUAUGUGAAGCAAUUGCAGGUAGUCAGAGUUGUCCGGCAGUUGGAGAGGAAGGGCUUAAUAACUGCCCGAUUGCUUGGUGCCAGUGUUGCCAUGGGUGAUGUCCUCACUUUCUUGGAUGCUCAUUGUGAAUGUUUCCAUGGAUGGUUAGAGCCUCUCCUAUCACGCAUUGCUGAAGAGCCUACAGCUGUCGUCAGCCCUGAUAUCACCACCAUUGAUCUGAACACCUUUGAAUUUUCCAAGCCCAUCCAAUAUGGGAAGCAGCAUAGUCGGGGAAACUUUGAUUGGAGUCUCACUUUUGGCUGGGAGGCUAUACCGCAACACGAGAAGCAGAGGAGAAAAGAUGAGACUUAUCCGAUCAAGACUCCUACAUUUGCCGGUGGUCUCUUUGCGAUUUCCAAGUCCUAUUUUGAACAUAUUGGCUCCUAUGAUGAUCAGAUGGAAAUCUGGGGAGGGGAAAAUGUGGAGAUGUCUUUUCGGGUCUGGCAGUGUGGAGGCCAGCUGGAGAUUAUUCCCUGCUCCGUAGUUGGCCAUGUAUUCCGUUCCAAGAGUCCACACACCUUCCCCAAAGGGACUCAAGUCAUUUCUAGGAAUCAGGUGCGCUUGGCAGAAGUCUGGAUGGAUGACUAUAAGGAAAUCUUCUACAGAAGGAACCAACAGGCCUCCCAGAUGUCCAGAGAGAAAACAUAUGGAGACCUCAGUGAACGAUUGCAGUUGAAGGAAAAGCUACACUGUAAAAAUUUCACUUGGUAUCUGCAAACUGUCUAUCCUGAGAUCUUCAUUCCAGACCUCACUCCAGCUUUCUAUGGAGCGAUUAGAAAUGAAGGUGCUCAGCAGUGCCUGGAUGUUGGAGAAAACAACCAUGGUGGAAAGCCUUUAAUUUUGUAUCCCUGUCAUGGGAUGGGAGGCAACCAGUAUUUUGAAUACACAUCCCAGCGAGAUCUGCGACACAACAUUGGCAAGCAGCUCUGCCUCCGAGCCAAGAAGGGGGCUGUUGAGUUGGGAGACUGUCACUAUACAGGGAAACACUCCCGAGUGCCAGAAAAUGAAGAAUGGGAACUGACACAUGAUCACCUGCUUAAGAAUGUAGCAAUUAAUUGGUGUUUGUCUGCAAGAGGUGAGCAUCCAUCCAUGACUCCCUGCAACACUGCAGAUGCUCAUCAGAUUUGGCACUUCAGCUAAAGAGGCCAAGAAAAAGACCCAAGCAGCUCUGGAAUGCAUCUCCUGUCAAAGCUCCCAUUCUUCUGAACUCACUUUCCAGCAACAGUACAUUUCAGGAAACAAGAAGGAGAACCAAUUUGCUGCAUAACCCAAAAUUUGCCUGUAACAACACUCUUGUGCCUUUUGUAAUAAGAAGGUCAAAACAGCCAACCUUAGUAUUUCGGUUUAUUUGGGCUUUCUUGAUAAAAAAAAAAUAACAAGCUGGUAUGUUUGCUCUUUAGAAUACUAGAUAUAUUAUCAGUCAAAGUUCCACACUCUGAGGCAAACUAUACUGGUGAUGUUCAUAGGGCUAUAGAGAAAAGGUGGCCAUCGGCCAGAUGUGAACUCAAAACAUUUCCCUAAUUUUUUAUGUUGUAUUAUAGGAAGUAGUGAUUUGAGGCUCAGUCCUAAGGAAUAAAUUGUCUGUGUAUAGUUUAGAGAAUAAUUGGAUGCCAAAGAUAAUGACUUUAAUAUGUUACAUAGGAAACACGGCUUCUGACAAUACUGAGCAUUGGAAGGAAAAAUCUCCACAAUUCUAAUGCUUUCUCAACUGUCUUAAAGGUCUCUGCACUGACAUGCAGGUGAGCAGCAAAGGCUUCCAAAGGCUCAGUGCAGCCAUCUGCAAUUAAAAUGGUAACUGCUUGGCCUGCAGUGUUGUUGUGCGACUGAAAUCCUAGCCCCUUUGCACAGGUUGCGGCCUGUGUUUUACCUCACGCUUUGGAAUUUUUGCCAGCAUGCUGCAGGUAGCAACUGAUGACACUGUGGAAGAAUUAAAACUGUGUCUUCUAGCUGUUCAGUCCUCUCCCAGCAAAUUGAGAAGGAAUGCAGUAAGGUUUUGUCACUUCUGAAUGGCCCCAUAUCUAAGCUUCAGGUGCCUUUUGUCCUUCUCCUAACUCCUACUGACUAGGCCAGGGGUAGGCAACCUUGGCUCUUUUAGCUGGCUCAGGAAUUCUGGGAGUUGAAGUCCACGAGUCAUAAAAGAGCCAAGGUUGCCUACCCCUGGCCUAGGCCUUCGGAAGGCUGCCACUUGCUUCCAUUCUUCAUGACUAAACACGACCCAGCCUGACUUUCUUAGAUUGCAGUGGUGAGAUGGUAUCUGGCUUGAUUUCAGAUACAUCCACAGCCUUAGCUGUACACUGCAGUGCCGGGAAUAAGGAAAGCUGCUAAUGUGCCUUAAAAAAAACAAAAACAAAAUACUAGCAGAGCAAGAAGCUGUAUCUCAUGAGAAACUAGCUGCCAAACUAAUUGCUUACUCACAUGAGCGAUGGGAGUUAAAGUAACUCAAAAACCAAAUUUUGGGUGUGUCUGUGUACAUUUGUGUUUGCAUUUUGUUGACAAGAAAUACCCACCAGGAAAGCAACUCCAGUAAAGUGAUCAUGGUUACUGCUAAUCACAGUGAUCUGCUAAACCAAAAAAUUGCCCCUUAUUACUUGUUUGUAAUGUUUUUAAGAAAACACUCAGAUGUACAUUUCUUGAAUUUCCUCAGAUAAGGGGCAGGAGGGAAAGAAUCCUCUCUCUAACUUUCUCAUAACUGACAAUGCUGGUAAUACUUGUAAUUUAUAAAUAACUAGCAUUUUCACCUUCAAUGGAAUGUAUAAGUCCAAAGGGAAAAAUAAAUUCUGGAUUUUUGUAAGUACUGGGUGUUUUAUGAACAAACCAAACUUUUAAAUGUUGAUUGGUUGACAAUACAGAUCAAAAUCUAUCUGUGCACGAUUCCAUCUUUCCAUUUUGUAAGGGACAAGGCUGGUUUCUGUACAAUUAUUUUAGCAUUUUUGAAGAAUGGCGACACAGUGAAAGGACUUAGAUUUUGAAUGCAGAAGGUUUUGGUUCAUUUGCAGGGGAAAAAAUUUCAGUUGAAACAAAGUCUUGCUCUGGUAAUCCUGACUGGAAAUAAUAAAGCUGAUAACUAUUUUAUGAGAAAAUUA